UCGUGUGUCUCCUCCUCCGCCGCCGCCAUAUUGUCUGUGUGAGGAGAGGGGAGAGUGGCCGCAGCUGCUGCCGCUUCCACCACAGAUACUACCCAAUACUGGUUACUUUAUCUCUCUGUUCCUGUCUCUUCAUGGUGUCAUUGUGAGGAUUAAUUGAGUUUGAAGAAAACAGGUCUGAAACAAGGUCUUACCCUCAGCUGCCUCUGAACACGGUGACUGCCAGAUCUCCAGACAUCAAGUCCAGCUUUUUGUCUGCCAACCUGUCUGACAUGUCGGGACCCGUGCCAAGCAGGGCCAGAGUUUACACAGAUGUUAAUACGCACAGACCCCGAGAGUACUGGGAUUACGAGUCACAUGUGGUGGAAUGGGGAAAUCAAGAUGAUUACCAGCUGGUUCGAAAAUUAGGCCGGGGCAAAUACAGUGAAGUAUUUGAAGCCAUUAACAUCACAAAUAAUGAAAAGGUUGUUGUUAAAAUUCUCAAGCCAGUAAAAAAGAAGAAAAUUAAGCGUGAAAUAAAGAUUUUGGAGAAUUUGAGAGGAGGUCCCAACAUCAUCACACUGGCAGACAUUGUGAAAGACCCUGUGUCACGAACCCCUGCCUUGGUUUUUGAACACGUAAACAACACAGACUUCAAGCAAUUGUACCAGACGUUAACAGACUAUGAUAUUCGAUUUUACAUGUAUGAGAUUCUGAAGGCCCUGGAUUAUUGUCACAGCAUGGGAAUUAUGCACAGAGAUGUUAAGCCCCAUAAUGUCAUGAUUGAUCAUGAGCACAGAAAGCUACGGCUAAUAGACUGGGGUUUAGCUGAGUUUUACCAUCCUGGCCAAGAAUAUAAUGUUCGAGUAGCUUCCCGAUACUUCAAAGGUCCUGAGCUACUUGUAGAUUAUCAGAUGUAUGAUUAUAGUUUGGAUAUGUGGAGCUUGGGUUGCAUGCUGGCAAGUAUGAUCUUCCGGAAGGAGCCAUUUUUCCAUGGACAUGACAAUUACGAUCAGUUGGUGAGGAUAGCCAAGGUUCUGGGGACAGAAGAUUUAUAUGACUAUAUUGACAAAUACAACAUUGAAUUAGAUCCACGUUUCAAUGAUAUCCUGGGCAGACACUCUCGUAAGCGAUGGGAACGCUUUGUCCACAGUGAAAACCAGCAUCUUGUCAGCCCUGAGGCGUUGGAUUUUCUGGACAAGCUGCUGCGAUAUGACCACCAGUCACGGCUCACUGCAAGAGAGGCCAUGGAGCACCCCUAUUUCUACACUGUUGUGAAGGAUCAAGCUCGAAUGGGUUCAUCUAGCAUGCCAGGGGGCAGUACACCUGUCAGCAGCGCCAAUAUGAUGUCAGGGAUUUCUUCAGUGCCAACCCCUUCACCCCUUGGACCUCUGGCAGGCUCACCAGUGAUUGCUGCUGCCAAUCCCCUUGGGAUGCCUGUUCCAGCUGCCGCUGGCGCUCAGCAGUAAUGGCCCCAUCUGUCUCCUGAUGCCUGAGCAGAGGUGGGGAAGUCCACCCUCUCCUUGAUGCAGCUUGCGCCUUGCAGGGAGGGGUGAAAUACUUCAGAAGCACCGUGUCUGAACCGUUGCUUAUGGAUUUAUAGUAGUUCAGUCAUAAAAAAAAUAUAUAUAAUAGGCUGAUUUUCUUUUUUUUCUUUUUUUUUAAACUCGAACUUUUCAUAACUCAGGGGAUUCCCUGAAAAAUUACCUGCAGGUGGAAUAUUUCACAAAUUUUUUUUCUUUUCUUCCAAAUUCAUUUCCUCAUCACAAAGAACAAACAUAAACCAGCCUCAAUCCCGGCUGCUGCAUUUGUGUGGAGAUUUUUUCCCAUUCCCACCAUUGCUCCCUCACCAUCCCACACUUUGGGUGGUUUAUAUCUCAUGCUCUUCUCCAGAGAUUAAAAAAUGUAGCUUCUCAAGGGAGGCAGGAAGGAGAGGAAGAAGGGAGGACCCAGUCUAUAGGAGUAGUAUACUGCUAGUCAUUUAUAUCACUUUACUCCAGAAGUUCUUCAGUGGGGUUAUCCUGGUGACUCUAGUGGAAGUGUGUCUUAGUUACACUGAGAUGUUGAAAAUCUACCCAAAGUGCAGAUGGAUCCUAAAAUCUUCUGUUCAGUAUGAAUCAUGUCUUAUUGACCCAACCCUAAAUCUAACUCGCUUAUAACUUUAGCUAUAAUUUAGUUUAAAAUUUUGAUACCUUCCCUCCCAGGGUGCUUACCUUGGUCUUUCCCCUUUCAUCUCCCAACAUGUUGUGUUCCAUAGCAGGUAGGCGGGGGGAAGGCAAAAUCUUUUUCAGUUUUCUUUGACUUGGCCAUUUUGAAUUCAGUUAGUUACUGGGCAUAACUUAACUGCUUUUUACAAAAGAAGCAAACAUUGUCUGUAUGGUUUCAUGCUAGCCACUCUCAAGAGCUAAUGGAAGUUGUGGCCAUACUGAGUUUCAUUUUAAGCUUUCUACCUUCUUUUCCUCCUACCUUCCCUUUCUCUCACAUGCCAUCCAGUGAGAAAACCUGCUCCUCAGUCUUGUAAAUGUAUCUGAAAGAUAGGAGCAGAGCCACUAUCUCCAAUGAAACUGAAAUGGUAGACCUGUAAUUGUGGGAAAACUAUAAACUCUCUUGUUACAGCCCUGCCACCCCUUGCUGUGUGUGUAUAUAUAUAAUACUUUGUCCUUCAUAUGUGAAAGAUCCAGUGUUGGAAUUCUUUGGUGUAAAUAAACGUUUGGUUUUAUUUAUCAA